AUGAAUUAUAAUACCCUGGAGGCCCUGACUUGGCUGCGAAGCGGUCUACCCCGCUCUACAAUUGAAGAUGAGCUUCAACUGAUCGAACACAGCGUCCGUGAAGAGAUGAAGAAAAAAACCUUCAGCGACUUAAUCUCCACACGAGGCAACCGUCGUGUACUAAUCGUGGAGAUGCUGGCCAUCUUCCAACGCAUGUCAGGGAUUAGUGGAGUCAUGGCAUUCACAUCAAUCACCAUCAAACCGUUCACGAUCUUCGGAAUUCUCAUGACCCCCGACAUCUGUGUCAUCAUCAUGGGAGUAGUUUGGAUAAUCUCCACGUUCAUUUCGACAGCGCUAGUGGACAGGUCGGGUCGUCGACCUCUACUGAUGACAUCCUCCCUGGGCAGCGGAGUAGCCAUGACUCUGAUCGCCAUCUGGUUCUUCCUGGACCGUCAGACCACCCUCAACGUCUCCCAUACCCAAUUCCUACCAUUCCUGGGCCUCCUGAUCUACGGUCUUUUCUUCUCCAUCGGUAUGGGACCGAUAGCAUCCACAAUUCAAGGAGAGACCUUCCCCGCCAACACUAAGGCGAAAGCGUCAGCUAUUACUUCAAUCUCACUAGCGGUCACCUCGUUUAUAAUGAACAAAAUAUAUCUAGACGUCGAGAAUACGAUCGGUAUGUACUUUAAUUUCAUACUAUUCGCUUCGGCAUGCUUCAUGUGUCUAGGGUUUGUUGUGUUCUUUGUGAUAGAAACCAAAGGUAAAACGCUGCAUGAUAUUCAGGAGGAAUUAAAUACCAAAAAGAGUGAUUUAGUAUGAAUGAACAAGUUUGGAAUUUAGUUUAAAAAGGUAUCAACUACUAUUCAAUGUUCCUAGUUUUCCAAACUUGAUUUUCUCCACAACUGAUGUUGAAGAUUCUACAACUAUAGUGAGGUCCACGUUAUAAUGGCAGUGGAUAAAGAUAGGAGAACAUCGUUACCGAUUCUCUGCCUCAAUAAUUGUAUUUAUACA